UGUCACGUGUCGUAUUUGAAGUUUUAAGUCUUUGUCUUUGAUAUUUUACUAUAGAACAAUAUUUGUAAAGUGAAGAACAGGCUGUCGAUUAUCGGUUAUGUUAAAGAGUAAUAAUUUGUUGAAAAAAUAAAGAAAAUGCCCUUGUUUGGUAAAGAAAAGAAACAGAAGAAAGAUGGAAAAGAAAGCGACAAACAACCUUCUCUGGAAGACAAAUAUUACCUGAAGGAAUUGUUGGGAACUGGGGCCUUCUCUGUAGUGAGAUUAGCAGAAAGCAAGGAAAAUCAUGGAGUGAUGCAUGCUGUGAAAAUUAUUGAUAAAAAAGCUCUUAAGGGUAAAGAAGAUUCAUUGGAAAAUGAAAUCAAAGUUCUGCGUAGAUUAAAACAUCCAAACAUUGUACAACUCUUAGAGACUUUUGAAGAUAAAUCAAAGGUGUAUUUAAUUAUGGAACUGGUAACUGGAGGAGAACUGUUUGAUAGAAUAGUGGAAAAAGGAUCUUAUACCGAAAAAGAUGCAGCCGACCUAAUAAGACAAGUACUAGAAGCUGUAGAUUAUAUGCAUGAUCAAGGAGUAGUUCAUCGAGACCUUAAGCCUGAAAAUUUGCUGUAUUAUAGUCCAGACGAGGAUAGUAAAAUUAUGAUAAGCGAUUUUGGGUUAUCUAAAAUGGAAGAUUCUGGCAUAAUGGCUACAGCAUGCGGAACUCCUGGCUAUGUUGCUCCAGAGGUUCUUGCUCAGAAACCGUAUGGCAAAGCAGUUGAUGUAUGGAGCAUAGGUGUAAUAUCUUACAUUCUAUUAUGUGGUUAUCCCCCAUUCUAUGACGAAAAUGAUGCAAAUUUGUUUGCACAAAUCCUUAAAGGUGAAUUUGAGUUUGAUUCUCCUUACUGGGAUGAGAUUAGUGAUUCUGCGAAAGAUUUUAUAAGAAACUUAAUGUGCGUUAAUGUCGAGAAGAGAUACACCUGUCGCCAAGCUUUAGGUCACCCCUGGAUAUCUGGUAAUGCUGCUAGUAAUAAGAAUAUUCAUGGUACUGUGUCAGAACAACUUAAAAAGAAUUUUGCCAAAUCACGUUGGAAGCAAGCUUACCACGCAACCACAGUAAUAAGGCAGAUGCAAAAAAUGGCUUUAAGUGGCGGUAGCGGGGGUAAAAGUCCAACUCCGCAGCGGAGUCUGACAAGUCGAUCCAGUGGAACUCCAUGUGGAAGUGUAAAUGGUGCGCAGGACAAGUAAACCUAAUUAAUUAUGAAAAAGAAUUUGUUACUGUUCACUUAAUUACGUUUUAUUUCUGCGCUUUUCAUAGGUUGAACUCAAGCUCUUAAACAAAUAAUUAUUUUUGUUGACUCUUUACAAAACAUAUAAAGUCCUAAUAUUUUUCUUUUAUUUUACAUAAUUUUGUUUGUGUGACUUCAUUCAAUUAUUUUAAAAUGUAUGGUAUCAAUAAUUUUUUUCUGAUGAAUUGGAAAUUGUUAAUGAUAUUCUUGAUCUAACUCAAAUGAUCCAAAUUAAAGUCAAUAGAAAUCGUACCUGAGUGCCUCUGAUAUAAUCAGUUUUAAAUAUAUUUCUUUCCAAAAUUCCAUUUUUCAGCAUUGAAAGUAUUGUAUUGUUUAUUUCUGGUUAAGUAUAAAUGGUUCAGAAUUAUAAAUUUCCUUCUGUUCAGUUGUGAUAAUUUAAAGUUCAGUUAGUCAUAUUAGGGGGAAUCCGGGAGACUUUGGCCACUUUUUACUGAAUGACCCUAGCUUCCGUUAUGGUUCAUUAACCAAAUUUAUGGGCCAUGAAAGACCUCUCAUAGUGACAAUUUUUCCACCUGAUAAAUUAUCAAAAAAUAA